UAACAGCCAGAAUAAAACAACACAGAACAGCUGUGGUGGGCUUGGAAGAGCAACAGUCAGAUAUCCAGCAUGCGCGCUCUGGUGGUUUUGCCUCUGCUCUUGUGCGCAGCGGUGUGUGUGGACCAGGUGAGAGCAGAAGUGAAGGCAGUGAAGCUGUGCGGUCGGGAGUUCCUCAGGGCCGUCGUGUACACCUGUGGCGGCUCCCGCUGGAGGAGAUUCUUCACUGAGCCAGAAAUGGAUGGUCUGCCUACAGGGGAGCAGAGCAGCUUGGAGAGCUUCAGCAAUCCGGGCUCCGAGCUGACCAAACGGGACAUUAAUAACAUCCUGACCAUCAUGUGCUGUGAGGUGGGCUGCAGGAAGACUGACCUCAGCCACCUCUGCUGAGAACGACCCACUCGCUUUUAUUCUCAUUGUUAAAGUGACCAAAAUGACUGUGGUCCCUACAAGUCUCACCUUGCUAAGAACCAAAUCUGACUCAUGUGUUGAACUGUUAUGAUCUCUGUGCAACUGUUAAAGUUUGUGGAUGUGAGUCUGGACGAGCAUCUUUGAACAUGUUCCUGAACCUGAGCUGUACAUGUGCAA